AUCAUACAACUUACUGAAAAUAGUAAUAUUAAGCUAAGUAAACAUCUAAGAUGUUCACAACUUCUUGGUCUUGCACAAAGAAAGCACCUUGGCAAAAUCACAGUAGAUGACAGAACUAUAACAAGUAAAGAACUAGCAGAGACCUUUAACAAUACUUAUACUAGUCUUAAUAUUAUACCAAAAACAGUUCAAGAGAAUCUUUAG